GGUUUUCAAAGGGAGAGAGAGAGAGAGAGAGAUGGGCAAGAGGAUAGAAGGAAUCCUUCACAUGGUCGGAGGAGCUGGGGAAACCAGCUACGCCUCCAAUUCUAAGUUUCAGGUAGUGUUGAACACCCCAACUGUUUGCAUGAACUUAAACAACUUACACUUGCGUAGGCGUCAGCAUAUCUGAUCACUGGUUUGCUAACUGCGUCCCAGGAGAAGGUACUUCACAUGGCGAAGCCAAUACUGGAGGAGGCAAUAGGAGGGGUUUACAUGUCGCUGCUCCCCGAGAGGAUGGCGGUGGUCGACUUAGGUUGUUCCUCGGGCCCUAACACUUUGGAGGUGGUCUCCGAGGUGCUCGACGUGAUUGGCAAGCUACGGCGGAGCCUGGGACGCCAGGAGAUGCCGGAGAUCCUGUUCUUCUUGAAUGACCUCCCGGGGAAUGACUUCAAUCACGUCUUCCGGUCUCUGGGAGAUUACAAGAGGAAGGUCGAGGAGGAGAAGGGGAAUCUGCUGGUGCCAUACUACGUCGUGGGAGUUCCAGGCUCCUUCUACGGCAGGCUUUUCCCUUGUCAAAGUGUCCACUUCUUCAACGCUUCCUGUUGUCUCAACUGGCUCUCUCAGGUUCCUGAAGGUGAACAGGGAGUUCUACUCAACAAUAAGAACAUCUAUGUUGCAGAGACAAGCCCACUGGAAGUUGUGAAAGCAUAUCAAGACCAACGCCAAAGAGACUUGUCAGAGUUCCUUCGGUGCCGUCAUGCAGAACUAAGCUACGGAGCAAGAAUGGUAUUGUCAUUUGUAGGAAGGAAACGGAGUUAUCCACCCUGGGGAGACAUGGGAUACCUUUUCGGCCUGUUAGCCGAAGCCCUGAGUGCUUUGGUGUCACAGUUUAUUCUACAUCCCGGCGACACUUUCAGAAGGACAAUCUGUCCCUUCCAUCACAGAUCAAAUUAAAGGGGAACGAAGGAGUGAUGAGAGCGUGUUCCCGUUUCUUUCCUAGCUAUUAAGAUGCCAACGAAGACCGAUAACGACGAAGCAGAGCACGCUGAAACACGAGGAGAUGAUGUGUUUCUCUGAAGCUGUCUUGGUGGUACCUCCAUGCAUUCAUUUACUAUCGUCCAGCCAUGCCACCGUCUCCUUUAACUUAGUGCGGACAGUGACAUACAAACAACCUUCUUGGUGGUACCUUCGUUCAUUCAUUUACUAUUUUCCAUCUCCUUUGACUUUGUUAAUACUGUCACAGAAAAUGGUGUUUUUGCUGUCUAUGUAUUCUCCGAAGCAAGUUACAGUUUCUGCACAACCACAGUGGUCCGGUCCUUCUUAUAGGCUAUUUAUAAUCAUGGUGCUCGGAACUUGGUUUUCAAAGAGAGAGAGAGAGAGAGAGAGAGAGAGAUGGGCAAGAGGAUAGAAGGAAUCCUUCACAUGGUCGGAGGAGCUGGGGAUACCAGCUACGCCUCCAAUUCAAAGUUUCCGGAGAAGGUACUUCACAUGGCGAAGCCAAUACUGGAGGAGGCAAUAGGAAGGGUUUACACGUCGCUGCUCCCCGAGAGGAUGGCGGUGGUCGACUUAGGUUGUUCCUCGGGCUCUACCACUUUGGAGGUGGUCUCCGAGGUGCUCGACGUGAUUGGCAAGCUACGGCGGAGCCUGGGACGCCAGGAGAUGCCGGAGAUCCUGUUCUUCUUGAAUGACCUCCCGGGGAAUGACUUCAAUCACGUCUUCCGGUCUCUGGGAGAUUACAAGAGGAAGGUCGAGGAGGAGAAGGGGAAUCUGCUGGUGCCAUACUACGUCGUGGGAGUUCCAGGCUCCUUCUACGGCAGGCUUUUCCCUAGUCAAAGUGUCCACUUCUUCAACGCUUCCAGCUGUCUCAACUGGCUCUCUCAGGUUCCUGAAGGUGAACAGGGAGUUCUACUCAACAAUAAGAACAUCUAUGUUGCAGAGACAAGCCCACUGGAAGUUGUGAAAGCAUAUCAAGACCAACGCCAAAGAGACUUGUCAGAGUUCCUUCGGUGCCGUCAUGCAGAACUAAGCUACGGAGGAAGAAUGGUAUUGUCAUUUGUAGGAAGGAAACGGAGUUAUCCACCCUGGGGAGACAUGGGAUACCUUUUCGGCCUGUUAGCCGAAGCCCUGAGUGCUUUGGUGUCACAGGGAAUCAUAGAGGAGGACAAACUGGUGACCUUCAAUUUGCCGUAUUAUGCACCUUCCAUGGAAGAAGUAAAGGCAGUGAUCCAUAGGGAAGACCUGUUUGAGUUAGAACAAGCACAGAUCUUUGAGGUUAAUUGGGACCCGUUUGAUGACUCGGAUGAUGAUUCCGCUGCAUUCGACAGUAUAGUAAGCGGAAAGAACGUCGUAGGAUAUAUGAGAGCAGCGUUUCAACCCUUGAUUGCAGAGCAUUUCGGGGAUGCCAUACUGGAUGAGUUAUUCUCUAUAUAUGCAGCCAAUAUCUCCAGGCAUCUCCUUCAACAGAAAAGCAAGCACUACCAAUUUGUCAUUUCCUUGAAGAAGAAGAAGAAUAAAAAAAGAAGAAGGAGGAGGAGGAGGAGGAGGCUGACGGCGAUGCUGCUGCUGCUGCUGCUUGGUGAAUCUGCAAUGCCAUGGGAGCAACAGUUGUGACUCAAUUACUUUUUAUCAGCAUGUGUUCAACUCUUUCCAAUAGACGUUAUAAUUGAGCUUAUGUAAAUCCAUAAUAUUCUUCGUGAGAUAGACUGCAUUAUUAUUUUAUGAAAAUAAAAUCAAAUCGUGUGACUAUCUUUAACA